AUGUCAGGCAACGCUACUUUGGACGUGAACGAGGUCCACUCGCUCAUCGACGAGGUCAACAGCUGGCACCAGCCCACCGACCCGCCGGUCGAGCCGGGCUGGUCGGAGCCGCGCCGUGGCGCAGACGAUGCCGAAACCCGCACCGACGACUCGGGAGGCACCUUGACGGCCCAGCAGAACGACGAGUACAAGUACUACACUGCACCGACGGGGCAAGACGCGGAUGUCUACUCGGGCUACGGAGGAGGAGAGACGGGAGAGGACAACAAUGACGACGACCUAGACGAGCAGGAGCGGACGCGCGGCCCGCUGCUGGUGUGCGAGUUCCGGGACCUGUGCAACUGCCGCGAGGUCUUCGACCGUGACGAGACCGAGGCCUGGAUCCAGCACAUCAGCGGCGACCAUCUGGGGUACAACUGCCCGGCCAAGUCUGUCUGCUGGUUCUGCGACCGGCGCGUCUUCAACGGCGACGUGGACAGGAAAGGGAGGCGCAUAAAGACAACGACGACGACGACGACGACGACAGGCGAAGGGGACGGUGAGGACAACGAACGGCGCGAGAGGCGAGCCUACGCCUUCCGGCAGCGGCUGGAGCACGUCGCCUGGCACAUUACCGAGGAGGGCCGGUUCAGGUACUACAACAUGAGACCCGACUUCAGCCUCAUGAAGCACAUGCACAAGCACGGCAUGCUCGACGACGAGACCUACGACUUUGCCACUGCCUACAGGGAGUUGCCGCCGCCGCCGCCCAGUCACAAGCCCAAGAAGCAAAAGGAGAUCAAGACAAACCCUCCUGACUGGGAACAGCCCCAUAAAAUUUUGGAGAGAGAACGGAAAAGUCAGAUCAUCUAUGACCAGUCCAAGGAAGAUCGACAGCGCAAAAAGGAGAAAGAUGCCAAGAGAAGAGAGGAAGGAAGAAAGUCCAAGAAAUAG